AUGCCGGCCACAACCUCUCCGAAGCAGACCUCCAAGAGGCCCAUCGUCCGCGGCGACCUGAUGCCCGUCAAGAUCAUAGUCGUCGGCGCCGGCCACGUCGGAGCCACGACAGCCUACGCCUUGCUGCUCAGCGGCCUCGCAGCGGAGAUCGUCCUCAUCGACAUCGACAAGAAAAAAGCCGAAGGCGAAGUCAUGGACCUGAAUCACGCCGUGCCCCUCUCUCACCAGACCCGGAUCAGACUGGGCGACUAUCCGGACUGCAGCGAAGCAGCCAUAAUCAUCUUCACUGCAGGCCACAACCAGAAACCCGGCCAGACGCGCAUGGACCUGGCCCGCGUCAAUGCGGACAUCGUUCGGCAGACCGUCCCGCAAUUGGUGAAAUACGCCCCGGACACCAUCGUCCUCAUGGCCGCGAACCCGGUCGAUGUCCUGACCUACGUCGCGUACAAGGUAUCGAGUCUUCCUCGGUCACAGGUCAUCGGCUCCGGAACCGUGCUUGACACGGCCCGUCUGCGGUACGCGCUGGGGAAGAAGUUGGGCAUCGACCCGGCAAACAUCCACGCGGACAUCAUCGGUGAGCACGGCGAUACCGAACUCCCCGUGUGGUCGCAUUCGAAUAUUUCCGGUGUCGGCCUGGCCGAGUACUGUCUCCAGGCAGGAUCGUACGUGGAUCUCGCACAGCUGAGGGAGGAUUGCUUUGACGAGACCCGGCGUGCGGCCUACAACAUCAUCAAGAUGAAGGGGGUGACGGACUACGGGAUUGCGUCGGGUUUGGUGCAGAUCGUCGAGGCUAUUCUCAGAGAUGAGAACACCCUUCUGACUGUGUCUACUGUGGGCUCAUACGGUGGCGUGGACGACGUGGCAUUGAGUAUUCCGAUGAAAGUCAACCGGAGCGGAGCGCAUCCAGCGCUGAAGCUCUUGUUGAGUGAAGAGGAGGACCGGGAACUGGCCCAGUCAGCUAAUACGCUCAAGACCAGCAUUCAAUCGCUCAGCGCGUAG